GCGCGCGCGCUACGGGCCGGGUUAAGUAGCUCGGUUUACACACAUAAUACCUCCCCGAGCUGUUACCAGAGUCAGACAUCAUGGAGCUAUGACCAAGAUCGACCCGUUCCUGUGUGUGUGUGUGUGUGUUUCUUUUUAAAUCCCCGAGAGGACAAACUGUUUGUGGUUAAAAACCUGCUCUUGCUCCGGCUGAUCCGCGCCGCUCAAACAGCUGUGCGCUCUUUCCGUCCAACCGGAGGAUCCGUCCGAGUCCGACGGACAAGAAUGAGGUCUUCAUCUGCCUAGCGACCCGUCUCUGUUAAAGAUGGUUCAGCGAAGGUCCUCUAUGAUUAUUCCUCCUCCUGUGGUUAUGGUAGCACCCAGCAAACAGUCAGGAAUGUCCUCCUUCUCCUGCCUAUGUCAUGGUUUAACUCACAUAUGAUCCGGUCACCAUGAUGGCCUCCAUGGUUGCCAACGGAAACCGAGACGGGCAGUCUCUGCUCUUGAAAGGGGUGGAUCCAGAGACCUGCAUGAUUGUUUUCAAGAACCACUGGGCUCAGGUGGUGAAGAUCCUAGAAAAGCACGAUCCCCUGCGCAGCAGUUCCACCCUGCCCUCCCUGAGUGUCAUCAACCUCAGCGCUGGCUCUGGCAGUGGCCCUCGUUUUGGCCCCAUCCCGGGAGACGAGGCAAGUGCCGUGCAGAACUAUGUGGAGCACAUGCUGUUCCUGCUGAUGGAGGAGGACAGCGGUCAGACUGGUGCUAUGGGCCCCAUCCUGGAGUUUGUGGUGAUGGAGAACGUGAUGGAGCGUCUCUUCGUGUGGAGCCUCCGCAGGGAGUUCACAGACGACAUGAAGCUGGAGCAGCUGAAGAUGUAUGAGAUGCUGGUGGGGCAGGCGCACCAGCCGCUGUUGCAUCACAAACCUAUCCUGCGGCCGCUCAUGAUGCUGCUCUCGUCCUGUUCAGGCACGGCAGUGCCGGCGGUCGAAGCUGAGCUGGUGCUGCUGCUCAACCAGCUGUGCUGCGUUCUGGCAAAGGACCCUUCCAUUUUGGAGCUGUUCUUCCACACCAGCGAGGAUCAGGGAGCAACCAACUUCCUCAUUUUCUCCCUCCUCAUCCCCUUCAUCCACAGGGAGGGCACAGUGGGCCAGCAGGCCAGAGAUGCUCUGCUGCUCAUUAUGUCAUUGUCUGCUGAGAACGAGCGAGUGGCCAAACACAUCGCACAGAACACCUACUUCUGUCCGGUGCUGGCCACAGGGCUGAGUGGCCUGUACUCCUCGCUCCCAACCAAGCUGGAGGUCCCCAACGAAGAGUGGCACUGCCUCCACAAAGAGGACUGGCUCCAGAUGCCGUCACUCGUCCAGUUUCUCAACUCGCUGGAAUUCUGCAACGCUGUUAUUCAGGUGGCCCACCCUGAUAUCAGAGACCAGCUGGUUAGUUACAUCUACAAUGGAUUCCUCGUGCCUGUCCUAGCACCAGCUCUUCACAAGCUGACCCUAGAGGAGGUGAUGACCACCACAGCGUACCUCGACCUCUUCCUGAGAAGUGUUUCUGAGCCGGCCCUGCUGCAGAUUUUCCUCUCCUUCAUCCUCCUCCAUCGACACGAGAGCGUCCACAUCUUGGAUACUCUGGUCAGCCGCAUCAACACCCCGUUCCAGUUGGGCACUGUGUCGCUGGCACUCUUCCGCACUCUCAUUGGCUUAUACUGCGAAGAUGUGAUGCUGCAGCUCAUAUUUAGGUACCUGAUCCCCUGUAAUCACAUGAUGUUGAGUCAGAGGCGUGUGGUGAGGGAGAGGGACUGCUACUCAUUGUCAGCGGCCAAGAUCUUGGCAUUAACACCGUCCUGCUGCUCUCCCGAUCACAGCCCCCCGCCCCUCCGACAGCUGGACUCCAUCCUCUUUUCCAAGUGUGCAGAGACCACCAAUAACAGCGACACCACAGAGGAAAAAGAGAGCUUCUCAGAAGAGGCUGACGAUAACUCCUGCACCAUCGGCUCAGAAAUCUACCUGGAUGUCAGUUACCUUCAUUACCUCUACGACGCCCGUCUGGGCAUCAGCAGCUGCAUACGGGCCUGCCAGGUUUGGUCAGCCCCGUACGACGGCGAGGAACCCCCACCUGAGAAAUACCAGCCGGGAGUCCUCGAGGAGCCGGGGCUCAAGAGUCGACAAACCCAGAUGGCAGUCAAGAGAGUUCCACAGUUGCCGGCGCCGCGCCCUCGACCCUGCCCGCCACCGAGUACAGAGUCGCCCUCCGUCAACCAGAUGGAGCUGGAGUGGGAUGAUAGUUAUGAUGCAUGCCCGGUGCAGACUUCAGGGGCUCCAAUGGAGAGUAAACCUCCACGGGUGCCUCCUGCUGAGCCCCCGAGCCACAUCCAGGAGAUGAGAAGAACAGCCAUCAUGUUGGUUAAAGGCUCAUACAUCGAGGAAAAUGAGUUCCAGGACGACGUCAUGGUGUAUGAUCUUGUCGCCAAGAAAGACGCUAGAGAUGUCGAGCGCAGUAAGCACAAACCCAGUGGGUCAGAAUCAGAAGAACCCCAACCAGGCGCCGCAGAAGUUCCCCUAAAAAAUGGACUAAGUGUAACACUUCCAACCGCUGUGAUGGCUGACAAUGGCAAGAACAGCUUGGACACAAAGGCCAAAGGUCAAACAGAUUGUAAUUCAAACCUCCAAAACACGACUGCUGCUGAGUGGGGAGACGACCUUUUGGCUCAGUAUGAGGAGCUCAUUCGUACGUUGGACACACAAGCAGGUGGAAAACCGGUUACAGCAGGCGGAGAGUUGAAGAAGCCUGUCGCACCUGUGGAAGACGGGGAGGAAGAGGAGGAGAUGGAUUUCACCUCCUUCUCUGCUGAGACACCAGAGUCAGAGAAACUGCAUUCACCAUUUGGGACCAAGCUUUUUAGCGGAAGUGCCAGUAGAAGCCAUUCAGUGCCUUUUACAGGUCCAUUCGUCAGUGUGCUCUUGUCUCGUCUGGAGAACAUGCUCUCUAACUCGCUUUAUGUCAACUUGUUGGUGACGGGCAUCCUGGCUCAGUUGGCGGCCUACCCUCAGCCUCUCCUGCGCUCUUUCCUCCUCAACACCAACUUGGUUUUUCAGCCGACUGUUCGCUCCCUGUACCAGGUACUAGCCACUGUGAAGAACCAGAUAGAAGAGCUGGCUUCCACCAGAAAGGACUUUCCAGAGCUGAUCACUGCCGCCCAGCACUGGCUGCUGGCCAGGGAGACUUCGUUCAUGGCAGCAGACAGUAACAGCAGCGGUGGCUCCACCCUCGGCGAGGCGGGGAGGAUCCUGCAGAGUUCGCCGCAACCAAAACCCAAAGCCAUCUCUCUGGAUCAGACAGAAGUCUUCGCUACCGUCCUCUUCACGGAGUUUCUCAAAGAACUGGCUGCAAUUGCACAGGAGCACUCCAUCUUAUCUUACAUUCCAAUGGAAGAGUAACAGUGUCCCAACAGGCCUUGCGAUGAGCCCGACUUAACUCUGAAAGAUUUAAAAAGACCCAGUUUUAUGGCGGUUUUCUAUUGUUUUUCAGGCGCUACAUGAUGAAGAAACCUCUUAGAUUCAGUGAUUUAUACAGCUAUUUUAAAAAUGGUCGAAUAUUUAUUUUCCCAGCAAAGAUAAUCACUUUCACGUGCUCUUUAAUUUCAUCUUUCUAGCUCUGGAAAGUGUUGGGCAGCCGAGGGGGAGGCCCAAACUUUGAGCUGGAAAAUGUUCACGUUUCAUGUUUCCUGAAGCCUGCACCAGCCGAUAAUAACGCUCAUUAAGGUGAGCUCCAGGUUCUACCAACCAAAGACUGUAGAGAGAGGAUUAGAACAACAACCAGCAUUUUUUUUUUUUUUUUUUAAAGUAAUCAUCAGCCCUUAUCUGAACUGCCUCGUUCUGAAUGUCUUCUACAACCAGCUUCAAUCAGAGUAUGGUGUCUGCUGCUCAGUGUGCUUCUGCUCCUCAGGUGGCCUUUCUGGAGUGUUGUUGCCUCUUCGCCAUAGCACUACACAGCUCUGAAUGCGCAGCAUGAAAAUGUAAUUUGAUUUUCACUGUUGUAGCUGACUGGCACCCAAAACACCCAAACUUUGUUCUCUGUUCUGAAGCGACUGUUAUAUGACUUAAUCUUUUAGUAAGACAGGUUGGUCACUUUGGUCUUUAAACUUUACAAAGUGGUGUUUCCACAGUCAUUGUGUGUUAGAUGUACAUUUUGUUUUGGUGUUUUUUUUUUGGUUUUCCUUCUGUUGAUUCAUGAUGGUACCUCAGGAGUCUUUUUAAUGCACGUUCUGUUUUCUCAAUACUUAAAAAAGCCUUUGGGUGAAGCAAUUUUACUACAAUGCACUAGUUUGUCUCAUUAAUGGGCUCCAUGUGUUCUCCAGACCACAGCACCAAAACCAGGAUUGUUCUUGCUAUAUUUAAUUUGCCUUAUGUUAGUGAUGCUUUAUAAUGUACAUAUUGUAAGAAAAAUGUUCUAAUGACAGAACCCUAUGCAAAAAUCAAGGAUAUUUUGGGUAUAAUUAAGUUUUCAGAAUGGGACGGGGUAUUUAAGCUUUUUUGAGAGUUUUUAUUGCCAUAUUUUUUUCCACAAGGUCAUACUAGAGGCUUCUUAGUUAUAGUUUGUCAUCACCUUCUUUUAUUUAGGGAUAUUGUAGGGUGUUGUUUAAGUUGUGAUAAGUCUGAAAUAUCACUGUUGGGAGAGUCGUAGUUUUGCUUCUGUUGAAAACCAUCUCAGACUGUAACGGUUACCAAGGGGAACCUGUUGUAAACUGCCUUUACUUUAGUCCACAUGGUUAUUAAAAUUAAAUAUAAUACAAGAGAUAUAUUUUGUUACAAAGUAGGCCUCUAUUAAAUGAAUUUACCAGGACAGAAAUUGUUUUAAGUUAGUGCCUAAGUUAUGAUUUUAGUUCACAUUAGUGCCUGAUUUCGAAUGGAUUUACAAAAGAGCAACACAAUAUUUUAUAGUGAAAUGUUGUUUUACUUGAAGCUGUCCAUUGUCAAAGUGUAAAGGAAAGACCAUGGGGACUGAAGAUGUGCACCAUAGAGUAUAAUGUUUUGAUACGUUUUUGUUUUUGACUGAGAAAAUUCAGUUUCUAGAGGCAAAAGAAAUCAAUGACCGUCCCUGUCCAUCCACAGCUUGAUAGAAAGAUGCAGUUUAUAUAAUUUGGACGUUUAAAAGAUGAAAAUGUGAAAUUUCUUGAGAUAAUUUGUUGCAUAACCUUUAGUAAAUCCUACAAUUUAGAUAGAAAAAUAUGACACAAAUGAUUGCAACUGAUUACUCAAAAUUCAUUCUUGAAAUUUUUUGUAGAUUCAGACUGAGAUAAUGGACUGCUUUGAGUAGAUCGAACAAAACGUAACAUAAAAAUUUAGCAGUAGCAUUGUGAUUUACAGAGUUGGUCAAUGUUGUCAUCGCAUAAAUUCCUCUAAUGAGAUCAAGGAUGAUGUUUAAGUUAAGUUUUAAAUCUUGAUUGUUUAUUUUUGCUCUUAUUUAAAUCCAUUCAGAUUCUACUUGAUGCUAUGCAGGCAAUGAAUUUUCCAGUAGGAUAUUUCUGUGAUAAUACUUUUUAUACACACACAUGGCGUGGAAAUGUAUAUUUGUAUCAAAGCCCUUUUCAGAACUGUUGUACGAGUCUUUCUCUCCGGUAAAAGAAUGUUGCAGAGCACUUUUUCGGCCUUUCCAUUCCACAGUGUCACUCGGUGUCAGUCCGCAGCGGUGACGCGGCCCUUCAACCAGCACAGGUUCAGUCUGUGUGCCGCCCCCAGCACAGAAUCACAUUCACUGUUUUGGCACUACUGUGGCAUGAAAACGGGUAAAGUAUAACCGAGGUUAUAGACCAGUGUCUGUUUCAAUAGGGUCCAAAGAUUCAUCCUGUCUGAUACCACCUGGCCUCAGUGUUCUGUCAGAGAAGCAAUCAGGUUGCUGAUGUCCGAGACACAAAGGCAUGCCUCUCUCAAUAAAGACAACUUCUG